GCGCCGCAGGGCCGGAGACGCAGAGCGCCGCUGGGCUGCCGGGACUCCCGCUUCCUCCUCCUGCUCCCAGGCCUCCUGCAUGAGGGCGCGGUAGAGACCCGGACCCGCGCCGAGCUCCUGCCGCCCCGCUGCGCUCCGCCGGCCCGGCUCUCCAGGCCCACGGAGAGCCAUGAUCCGCCUCGGGGCGCCCCAGACCCUGGUGCUGCUGACGCUGCUCGUCGCCGCUGCCCUUCGGUGUCAGGGCCAGGAUGUCCAGGAGGCUGGCAGCUGUGUGCAGGAGGGGAAGAGGUAUAAUGAUAAGGAUGUGUGGAAGCCGGAGCCCUGCCGGAUCUGUGUCUGUGACACGGGGACUGUCCUGUGCGACGACAUAAUCUGUGAAGACACCAAGGACUGCCUGAGCCCCGAGAUCCCCUUCGGAGAGUGCUGCCCCGUCUGCCCUACUGACCUCGCCACUGCCAGUGGUCGGAAACCAGGACCAAAGGGGCAGAAAGGAGAACCUGGAGACAUCAAGGAUAUCGUAGGACCUAAAGGACCCCCUGGGCCUCAGGGACCUGCAGGUGAACAGGGACCCAGAGGUGACCGUGGUGACAAAGGCGAAAAGGGUGCCCCUGGACCUCGUGGCCGAGAUGGAGAGCCUGGGACCCCUGGAAAUCCGGGCCCCCCUGGGCCCCCUGGACCGCCCGGCCCCCCUGGCCUUGGUGGAAACUUUGCUGCCCAAAUGGCUGGAGGAUUUGACGAGAAGGCUGGAGGCGCCCAGAUGGGAGUGAUGCAAGGCCCGAUGGGCCCUAUGGGACCUCGAGGGCCUCCUGGGCCUGCUGGUGCCCCUGGACCGCAAGGAUUUCAAGGCAACCCUGGGGAGCCUGGCGAGCCUGGCGUCUCUGGUCCCAUGGGUCCCCGCGGUCCCCCUGGCCCUCCUGGCAAGCCUGGUGACGAUGGCGAAGCUGGAAAACCUGGAAAACCUGGUGAAAGGGGCCUUCCCGGCCCUCAGGGCGCCCGUGGCUUCCCGGGAACCCCAGGCCUUCCUGGUGUCAAAGGUCACAGAGGCUACCCAGGGCUGGACGGAGCAAAGGGAGAAGCUGGCGCUCCAGGCGUGAAGGGUGAGAGUGGCUCCCCCGGCGAGAAUGGCUCUCCAGGCCCCAUGGGUCCCCGUGGCCUCCCUGGCGAGAGAGGACGGACUGGCCCCGCUGGCGCUGCAGGUGCUCGGGGCAACGACGGCCAACCAGGACCCGCCGGGCCUCCGGGUCCUGUCGGUCCCGCUGGCGGUCCUGGCUUCCCUGGUGCUCCUGGGGCCAAGGGUGAAGCUGGCCCCACAGGGGCUCGCGGCCCCGAAGGCGCCCAGGGUCCUCGCGGUGAACCUGGCACUCCUGGGUCCCCUGGGCCUGCUGGGGCUUCUGGCAAUCCCGGAACAGACGGAAUUCCUGGAGCCAAAGGGUCUGCUGGUGCUCCUGGCAUCGCUGGUGCUCCUGGCUUCCCUGGGCCUCGUGGUCCUCCUGGCCCUCAAGGUGCAACUGGUCCCCUGGGCCCCAAAGGCCAGACGGGUGAACCUGGCAUUGCUGGCUUCAAAGGAGAACAAGGUCCCAAGGGAGAACCGGGCCCGGCUGGUCCCCAGGGAGCCCCUGGUCCCGCUGGAGAAGAAGGCAAGAGAGGCGCCCGAGGAGAGCCCGGCGGUGCUGGGCCUGCUGGUCCCCCUGGAGAGAGGGGUGCUCCUGGCAACCGAGGUUUCCCAGGUCAGGAUGGUCUGGCAGGGCCCAAGGGAGCCCCUGGAGAACGAGGGCCCAGUGGCCUUGCUGGCCCCAAAGGAGCCAAUGGUGACCCCGGCCGCCCUGGAGAACCUGGCCUUCCUGGAGCCCGGGGUCUCACUGGCCGCCCCGGCGACGCUGGUCCCCAAGGCAAAGUCGGUCCUUCGGGAGCUCCUGGUGAAGAUGGUCGCCCUGGACCCCCCGGUCCUCAAGGGGCACGUGGACAGCCUGGCGUCAUGGGCUUCCCUGGCCCCAAAGGUGCCAAUGGCGAACCUGGCAAAGCUGGUGAGAAGGGACUUCCUGGAGCUCCUGGCCUGAGAGGUCUUCCUGGCAAAGAUGGUGAGACAGGAGCUGCAGGACCUCCCGGCCCUGCUGGACCUGCUGGUGAGCGUGGCGAGCAGGGUGCUCCUGGGCCUUCUGGGUUCCAGGGACUCCCUGGCCCCCCCGGCCCCCCAGGUGAAGGUGGAAAACCAGGUGACCAGGGUGUUCCUGGUGAAGCUGGUGCCCCCGGCCUCGUGGGUCCCAGGGGUGAACGCGGAUUCCCAGGUGAACGUGGCUCCCCAGGUGCCCAGGGCCUCCAGGGUGCCCGUGGCCUGCCUGGCACCCCUGGCACUGAUGGCCCCAAAGGUGCACCUGGUCCUGCUGGCCCCCCUGGGGCUCAGGGCCCCCCAGGUCUGCAAGGGAUGCCUGGAGAGAGGGGAGCAGCGGGCAUCGCAGGGCCCAAGGGAGACAGGGGCGACGUUGGUGAGAAAGGCCCCGAGGGAGCCCCCGGAAAGGACGGCGGACGAGGUCUGACUGGUCCCAUCGGCCCUCCUGGCCCGGCUGGCGCCAACGGUGAGAAGGGAGAAGUUGGGCCUCCUGGUCCUGCAGGAAGUGCUGGUGCUCGUGGGGCGCCGGGUGAACGUGGAGAGACUGGUCCUCCCGGACCUGCUGGAUUCGCUGGACCGCCUGGUGCUGACGGCCAGCCUGGUGCCAAGGGAGAGCAAGGAGAAGCCGGCCAGAAAGGCGAUGCAGGCGCCCCUGGCCCUCAGGGCCCCUCUGGAGCACCGGGGCCUCAGGGUCCUACUGGAGUGACCGGUCCUAAAGGAGCCCGCGGUGCCCAAGGCCCCCCGGGAGCCACCGGAUUCCCUGGAGCUGCUGGCCGCGUCGGACCCCCCGGCUCCAAUGGCAACCCUGGGCCCCCCGGCCCCCCUGGUCCUUCUGGAAAAGAAGGCCCCAAAGGAGCGCGAGGAGACAGCGGCCCCGCCGGCCGAGCUGGAGACCCCGGCCUCCAAGGUCCUGCCGGACCCCCUGGCUUGAAGGGAGAGCCUGGAGACAGCGGUCCCUCCGGCGCCGAUGGCCCCCCAGGUCCCCAAGGUCUGGCUGGUCAGCGGGGCAUCGUGGGUCUUCCUGGGCAGCGUGGUGAGAGAGGAUUCCCUGGCCUGCCUGGCCCGUCGGGUGAGCCCGGCAAGCAAGGAGCACCAGGCGCGUCUGGAGACCGAGGUCCUCCUGGCCCCGUGGGUCCUCCCGGCCUGACAGGCCCUGCAGGUGAACCUGGACGAGAGGGAAGCCCCGGUGCCGACGGACCCCCUGGCAGAGACGGUGCAGCUGGAGUCAAGGGUGACCGUGGGGAGACCGGUGCUGUGGGUGCUCCCGGAGCCCCUGGACCUCCUGGCUCUCCUGGCCCCGCCGGCCCGACUGGCAAGCAGGGAGACCGAGGGGAAGCUGGUGCACAAGGCCCCAUGGGCCCCUCAGGACCGGCCGGAGCCCGGGGAAUCCCAGGCCCACAAGGCCCCCGCGGUGACAAAGGAGAAUCUGGAGAGCCCGGCGAGAGGGGACUGAAGGGACACCGUGGCUUCACAGGCCUGCAGGGCCUGCCCGGCCCACCCGGCCCUUCUGGAGACCAAGGUGCUGCUGGUCCUGCUGGUCCAUCCGGCCCCAGGGGUCCCCCCGGCCCUGUCGGUCCCUCUGGCAAAGACGGCGCCAAUGGAAUCCCAGGACCCAUCGGGCCCCCCGGUCCCCGCGGACGUUCAGGCGAAACUGGCCCUGCUGGUCCUCCUGGAAAUCCCGGACCCCCUGGCCCUCCAGGACCCCCUGGCCCCGGCAUCGACAUGUCCGCCUUUGCUGGCCUAGGCCAGAGAGAGAAGGGCCCCGACCCCCUGCAGUACAUGCGGGCCGACGAGGCGGCCGGCGCCCUGCGGCAGCACGACGCGGACGUGGACGCCACGCUCAAGUCCCUCAACAACCAGAUCGAGAGCAUCCGCAGCCCUGAGGGCUCACGCAAGAACCCCGCUCGCACCUGCCGGGACCUGCAGCUCUGCCACCCCGAGUGGAAGAGCGGUGACUACUGGAUAGACCCCAACCAAGGCUGCACCUUGGACGCCAUGAAGGUUUUCUGCAACAUGGAGACCGGCGAGACCUGCGUCUACCCCAACCCGGCCACCGUGCCCAAGAAGAACUGGUGGAGCAGCAAGAGCCAGAAGCAGCAGCACGUGUGGUUUGGGGAGACCAUCAACGGCGGCUUCCAUUUCAGCUAUGGAGACAGCAGCCUGCCUCCCAACACUGCCAACGUCCAGAUGACCUUCCUGCGCCUGCUGUCCACUGAGGGCUCCCAGAACAUCACCUACCACUGCAAGAACAGCGUGGCCUACCUGGAUGAAGCCACCGGCAACCUCAAGAAGGCCCUGCUCCUGCAGGGCUCCAACGACGUGGAGAUCCGGGCCGAGGGCAACAGCAGGUUCACCUAUACCGUGCUGCAGGAUGGCUGCACGAAACACACCGGUAAGUGGGGCAAGACUGUCAUCGAGUACCGGUCCCAGAAGACCUCGCGCCUGCCCAUCACCGACAUCGCGCCCAUGGACAUCGGAGGGCCUGAGCAGGAAUUCGGGGUGGACAUAGGGCCCGUCUGCUUCUUGUAAAAGCUGAGCUCUGAACAGCCAAAGGACCCAAGUGCUCCCACCACAGCCACCCUCGGACUCUGCACUGAUGGCGACGGCCCCCACGCCCACUCGCCCCCGCUCUCCAAGAGACCUGAACUGGGCAGACUGCAAAACAAAAGCUGGGUGUUCUAUUUAUUUAUUGUCUUCCUGCCAGACCUCCGGGUCCAGGCAGAGGCAGGAAACUAACUGGUGUGAGUCCAACGCCCCGCCCAGAAGCAAGGCCCGUGCGGGGCUGGGCGCAGGAACCGUGCGUCCUGCACGAUGGUGCUACUCCGUGUCAAACACCUCUGUAUUUUUUAAAACUUCAAUUGAUAUUAAAAACAAAAAAAUUAUUGGAAAGUA